AUGCGAGGGAAUAAUGGGACAAUAGCAACUAGCAAACCAAUUCUACCUCCUCUGCCACCGUGUGUACCUUGUGUUAUUCCUCCAAACUGUCCAAUCCCGCAGCCGUGUCCAGCACAGUGUCCGGCGCCCUGCCCUCCUAAACCACCAACCACUGCUUCGACAACAACAAAAACAACACCAACCACCCCUUCCUCACCAAAAAUAGUAACGUCUCCCCGUGGUACAUCAAAGCCUCCAACUACAAGGAAGCCAGGACCUGUGCUCCCUUUAACCACCACACCCAAACCAAAAGUGAUCAUAACAGCAAAACCAGUCACCACCCCAAAACCUCCUCCUGUUUUUACAACUCCAAAGACUCCUGUAAAUGGUAACUAUACUUCCUGGAGUAUAUGGAAAGAAUGUUCUGCCACUUGUGGUGGUGGUAUUCAGGAGAGAUCACGAACAUGUACAAACCCAAAACCUCAGAAUGGUGGACAGGACUGUGCUGCUUUAGGACCAGCAGCAGAGACUCGCAGCUGUAACUCACAACCUUGCCCAAUUGAUGGUGGCUUCAAUAACUGGGGGGUCUUCAGCCCUUGCAGUACAACUUGUGGGGGUGGAGUCCAGACUAGGACCAGGUUAUGUAACAACCCUACACCACAGUACAAUGGCCAAGACUGCAUAGGGCCAGCCAAUGAAACAAGGGCCUGCAAUACAUUUUACUGUCCAAUUGAUGGUAAUUACAGUGAAUGGUCAGAAUUCAUGCAGUGCAGUGUAACAUGCGGUAAAGGAGUGCAGACUCGUUCCAGAAGCUGUACUAAUCCACCUCCUUUACACGGAGGAAAGAACUGCUCUGUAUUUGGUCCUGCAGUGGAAUCUAAAGAGUGCAACUCUAAACCAUGUCCAAUUGAUGGGGGUUACUCUCCAUUUACAAAUUGGUCUGACUGUACAGAGACCUGUGGUGGAGGAGAACAGACACGGACUCGCACUUGCACUAAUCCUGAACCACAGCUGGGUGGUAAAGACUGCUCUAGUUUUGGACCAGACUUUGAAAAAAGAAAAUGUAACACACAGAAAUGCCCAGUCGAUGGUGGAUUUACCAUAUUCUCUAACUACUCAGCCUGCAGUAAGACUUGUGGUGGAGGAGUUCAGUCACGUACACGAUCUUGUGCUAAUCCGCUGCCACAGUUUGGUGGAAAGAAUUGUUCUGGAGGUUAUGAGGAAACCAGGCAAUGUAACACACAGCCAUGUCCAAUUGAUGGAGGUUUUAGUGACUGGGGUAAUUAUUCUAUAUGCUCCUCUUCUUGUGGGGGAGGAAAUCAGAUGCGCAGUAGAACCUGUACAAAUCCAGUGCCGCAAAAUGGAGGCAAGCCUUGUAAUGGUCCAACAUCCGAGUCUAAAGAAUGCAACACCCAGCCCUGUCCGGUUGACGGUGGGUACACCCCAUGGGGUCACUAUUCACCAUGUAGUGCCACCUGUGGUGGAGGUAUGCAGCAGAAAACAAGAUCAUGCACUGCUCCUGCCCCAGCAAACGGUGGCAGAGACUGCAGCAUACUUGGACCAAGCUCAGAAUCGAGGAACUGCAGUACUACGCCAUGUCCGAUAAAUGGUGGAUACACAGAGUGGACUGCAUGGACAACCUGCAGUGUUACCUGUGGAGGAGGAAUUGUGAAAAGAACAAGAAACUGCACCAACCCAGCGCCACAGUAUGGUGGUAAGGACUGCUCAGUGGACGGACCAGAAAUUAUGACGCAGCCCUGCAACCCGCAGAAAUGUCCUGUGGAUGGUGCCUAUUCUCCCUGGAGUGACUGGACACCAUGUACGGUGACAUGUGGCGGUGGUGAGUCGCUGAGGUCGCGCCAGUGCAGCAAUCCUUCCCCUGAGUUUGGGGGCAGAGAUUGUUCUUCGUUGGGAUCAUCUACUGAAACAAUAAAAUGCAAGAUUGAUCCAUGUCCAGUUAAUGGAGGCUACUCGCCGUGGGAACAGUGGACAGCGUGCAGCGUAACCUGCGGCAAUGGACAGCAAAGUAGGAUUCGGACGUGCAACAACCCUGAGCCAAGUUAUGGUGGAGCUGACUGUGCGGCUAUAGGUGAACCCACCGAGACUAAGCAAUGCUAUAUUCAAGUGUGUCCUCCUGGCCCUCCAGAGACCGGUUGGUCAGAAUGCUCCAAAACAUGUGGUGGUGGUGAAAAGUUCAAAAUGGUAAAUGUUGGAGGACAGAUGACGAAAAAAGUGAUGCCUUGCAACACUCUUCCUUGCCCAGUAAAUGGUGGUUUUACUUCAUGGACAAACUGGACUGAGUGCUCUGAAUCUUGCGGUGGAGGAGUAACAUCAAGGACACGUAGCUGCACAAACCCCAUGCCAAUGUACGGAGGCAAAUCCUGCUCUGAAAAACCUGUGGAAACUAAAGAAUGUAAUGCAGAACCCUGCCCUGAACCAAAGAUCCCUAUUCGUUCCUGUCGGGAGUUUUUUGAACGCUGCCACAGUAAAACUGAUGGUAUAUACACAAUCUACCUACAAAAACCAAACUCUGCUGAAACAGCCAAUGUGUUCUGUGAUAUGACACAUGACAAUGGUGGAUGGACUCUUUUGGUAACAAGUGCGACCAACAAGGGUUGGACCAAAGACAGUGUAAAAAGCAGGAAUAUCGCAGAGCCGUCUAUUACCAAAGAUUAUUCUGCGCUAGAUGAGGGUGAUACAAUCAAGUCAAUCGCUGUUAGUCCGUACUUCCUUUAUCGACUGGAGGCGCGAGAGAGAGGCAGCAAUGGCGGCAUUUUUGUGGCUCCUCAGAAUUACAGCUUCACGACUACGAAGUGUUCACUUAAUGGGGUACAGUUACUGAAGAAGUUUGGAACCUGGUCAGAGGACCAAACAGGAAUUGGCAAGCGUAUGCCGUACGUUACUGUUGGUGAUGAUAAGUCGCUUUUGACGACAUCUGAUUGCGAAAGUCCAACCAAGUAUGGAACAAUUGUGUCCAAAACUGCCGACAAUCAACCAGCUCAGUGGAUCAGUGGGGACUCAGAGAAUCCAGGGAUUAUUUGGUACUGGGUAAAGGAGUCUUCCACUAUGCUGAAAGCGCCUGAAGGGGGUAAACCAGAUCCUAUGUGUCCCUUUCCAGUUCCUGGUGGAUACGAUGAAUGGACUCAGUGGUCCUCCUGUCCAGUCACCUGUGGGGGUGGUACUCAAGUCAGGACUAGAAAUUGCACCAAUCCUGUACCACUGAAUGGGGGAACCGACUGUUCCUCCUUAGGGGGCAACAUGGAAACCCGCAACUGUAACCCUGCUGCCUGCCCAGGGGUCAAAGUGGAUGGUGGCUACACUCCUUGGAGCCAGUGGACAGAAUGUACAGCGACUUGUGGCGGAGGAACACGCAUGCGCACUCGGUCCUGCACGAAUCCUCCACCUCAGAACGGAGGAAAGACAUGUCUGGAUCAGGGUCUGGGACCAGAAUUAGAAACACAAGUGUGCAAUGUACAGCCAUGCCCUAGUGUUUGUAACCCACCUUGUCAAAAUGGCGGAACAUGCGUCAAUGCCAAAUGUCAGUGUGGUCAGGGACUAUAUGGAGGAAACUACUGUCAGACACCAAUUUGUAAGAUCCCUUGUCAAAAUGGAGGGACGUGCAGUAAACCGAAUCAGUGUACUUGCCCGACUGGAUAUGGAAGUAAAACUUGCAACAAGCCUGUUUGUCAGCGAGUUUGUCAGAACGGUGGAAAAUGCGUCGCCCCAAACACUUGUCAGUGUCAACCAGGCUACUCCGGCCAGUGGUGUCAUAUCUCAACUUGCCAGCCAGAUUGUCUGAAUGGGGGAAUUUGUGUGAACAACAAAUGCAAGUGCUCACCCGGAUAUUCAGGUCCUAACUGUAACAUAGUCUCUCCAUGUGCCAUUGGUAAACCGGAAGGACCUUGUCAAGUUGACAUCCAACAAGAAGUGGGUAAAGCGUCUGUUAAUGAACAAAGCUCUCCUUGUAUCAGCUUCUUGAAGGAAGUACUGGCUCACUGUAGCUACAGAAAUAUGUCGCAUUUUUAUUCGAAAAAGAACUGCGAGCAAAUAUGCGAUCCCUCAGAAACAGACAUAUGUCAGAGAGUUUGGAACUCAGACAAAUGCGUUAAUGCAGAGCUGCGAUACUAUUUCGAUUCGGCCACCGACAAGUGUAAACCAUUCAAGUUUGGACUGUGUCUUGGAAAUGAGAACAUGUACCCCACAGAGGCAGCUUGUAAAGCUAAGUGUUCAGGACCAAAACCAACGAUUGUUACUCCGACGGGGCCGGGUCCUAAAGAGCCCCCUAUACCUGCAAGUUAUUACUGGUAUUUCCUGGCCUUGGAAAAGAAUAAGAUUUUUGGCGUCCCUCCAUUGUAUAUCAGUGGACAAGUCAGUCUUCUCAACAUGGGUUUCAGAAUCUUUAACAGAACGUGGCUAGCUACAACGAUUUCCUCGCAAGACUGUCUUCUAAAUCCAGACAGCUGCGAGAAGGGUUUCACUAUUGGUAUAAAGCUUAGGUUAGACUUAUCCGUAAAGUCUUGUAAGCAGCAGCCCAGGUACAUCAUCGAUACUGGUCCAAGUGUGAAAGCGCGUGGUGUAUCACUUUACGCUGUGGGAGACACGCUAGUUGCGCGAGUGGUCUCGUCAACGAAAACUUGGGAGGUCAAAACGCCAGCAGCUUUUGAUUUCUGGUGCUACAUCAUCAUAACUUGGCAUCCCGAAAAGGGACUGCAGUUUUACGGGAACAGUAAUCUGAAGACCAGCCUUCAUGCUGGUGAGGCUAACUCAGCCCCACCGCCUGUGUACAAUGGUAAACUCAACUUCGUCGUUGGACGUGGACUGAAUCAGAAGCCUGAACAGAUGUGUGGCGUAUUGUACAUGUCGUCCACAGCUGUGUUUAAGCAAUACGUCAACCAGGAAUGGGUGAAAAAGAUUUUCGCGUUCUUCUGGAAAAACAUUGUGUCCAAGCAACCGCUCGUUGACUAUUACAUUAAGAUGAAGAUCUCGAAUCUGUCUGGGAAGAAAGUUCUUCUCAUUCCUGGUGAUAACGACCCUGCAAGUGGCAUGCCAAUCAAUGCCAAUGUUAUUGCCAUGAUAUCCAAAGACGUUCCUGUGGUAGAACCGAACGUGCCAGCCGUGCAAUUUGCUGUCGUAGAUGAAGCCAGUAGACGGCAGUUCUUGUUGAUAAAUGGUAGCCAACUUAUAACCCUGAGGCCUGUUAAAAACAAGAAUGUGGUGCCGAUAAAUUUGGUUAUUGGAAAUCCAAUUGCCAACAAGUGGUAUUACAUAAUACUUCGAAUCACAAACAGAAACGAUUUUGACAUCGUACUCAUACCAUCAGACAACGAUCCCCCUGGCGGUUUUGUUGUCCUGAAAAAGAAAAUCGUUGUGAUCAAGAAGAAAAUUAAAUCGCCACUGCCUAUAACCUUUGAAGCGUCCCUAAAGACAGAUUUGAAAAAGAAGUUGUUCAUCAACUACAAAUCAAGUCUAGUACUUAAACCCCUACCUAACGAAGGAGCUCCUAUCACUAUUACGGUGACAUCCAAUGCUUCUCCAGUUGUAGUUUACUUCAUCCGCGUUCGUUUUGCAAACUACGGAACGCAGAGUGUUAACAUCACAACAAGCGACAAGGAACCGUCUAAAGGAUUUACCAUUAAGGCGAAAACUAUCGUCCAGAUAACCAAGAAUGUCACACACAAGUCUCCCAUCACAUUCUGGGCUAAGGCUACGGAUCAUUCUUGUGUUCUCAACAAUCAGCCCAGCUUGAUCAUUAUUCCUCAAGAAAAACCCGGCCCUUGGCAAGUUGUGAACAUAACAGACAAAUAUGUUCCUCCAAUAUUCCCGCCGCCUCAGCAGUUUUCAAUACUACUUCAAGUAACAAACAAUGCUGGAAGCCAAGUGACACUUGUAUCAAACGACGCCAAACCCUUGAACGGUGACGAUCUUCAGCCAAACAGUAUGUUAACAGUCAGCAAACUGACCACGCACAUGAAACCUAUAAAAUUCUAUGCUGUGGACUCUGCAACGGAGAAACGUUUGUUGAUAAACGGAAUGGAAAGUGUUAGUGUGUCUCCGAGCACCAAACAGAUUGUGAUGCCUCUGGUUAUAUCAGAUGGUAUGGGUGAAAAACCAGUAAUGCCUGCUCUGUCCCCCAGUCAGUACUGGUCAUUCUUUGUCAUAUCAAACGGACUUAUUCCUGGAAAGGCAGCUCUCCAGGUACACGGCAAUUCUCGGAGUGUUGAGGGGGGUCUCCUCUUGGAUGGCGCUUCAGGGUAUCUCAGCUCUCAUUUGAGUGGCCAGGAUCCGUUGGUAAAUCCUGGUGAUUUCUUGGACGGUUUUUCUUUUGGUUUGAAGCUGAAAUUCCCUGCGGCGGUACUGAACUAUGACAACCCCAGGUAUAUACUGGACACUGGGGAGAAGAGCGUCAAUUCGCCAGGAGUUUCGCUGUAUUUGUUGAAUAAAAAAUUGGUUAUGGAAAUUGCAACUUAUGACACUCGAUGGAAGGCUGAAACGGACGCGAUUACAGACCAGUGGUUCUAUCUUAUCACAACAUGGCGGAUGAAAUCUGGCCUUAGAAUGUACAUAAACGGCAAGAAAGAGGCGCGGGACAAGGGAGGGGUUGGUGUUCAGAACAUGAAGGACUGGAAGCAGCACGAUAACUUCUGUGUUGGACGUAACGUUGGAGGGAAUGGAGUGUCCUUUACAAAUUUCUAUAUCGCAUCCUUUGUGGUCUUCAAGAACCACUUGAAGGCUCAAACGGCGUAUUCUGUGUAUAAGUACUACAAUAACGAUGUCGCCGUCCAACCUGCUAAGUUGUACUACGUAACUCUUCUUGUAAAUAACACUGAAGCAGAAGAUGUUCUACUCGCUGCAAGCGAUAGUCAACCGGCCAGCGGCUUCGCUCUGAAGGGUCAAACGUGCAACAUGUUUGUAAAAAAGCUUAAGAGUCCAUCCCCAGUGAAAUUCCGUGUGUGGGGCGUGUCCACUGACAAGCCUUUCCUGUUGAAUGGAGAGAGAGAAAUCACCAUAGUGCCCAGUGAUUUCGAACAGGACGCCACUGACGUCUCGAUCAGGCUGGUGAAACCUGGUGAUGACUUGUCUCCGCCCCCAAGAUUCCACAUGUCGUUCCUUGUGGAAAACCAGGCAGGCGUGACCAUGAGAAUACUUACAAGUGACAAUGACCCCCCUGAUGGCUUUAAACUAGAACCGGAACACACAAGUAUCAUCACUAAAGAAGUCAGCAACCCGAGUGACAUGUCCCUGCAUGCUGUGAUACCCGGCGAGGAGAAGACACUUCUUGUAAAUGGCCAACCGAGAAUAAUAGUCUCACCCUCCAAAGCAACUGGAGAUCCCAUAUUGUUAAGAAUAACUGGCAGAAAAGGUGACGCCGCCCCAGACGGUGGUAUUGUGGUUAAUACUCCUCCGGUUCCAAAUAUCUACUUUUGGAGGCUGAAGUCAAUUUCGCCACAAGGCUUCAUAGAAGGCAACCCAGCGUUCAGAGUACACGGCACUGUCCAACCAAGCGAUGGUGGGGUGGCAUUUGACGGGCAGUCCGGUUUUCUUACGACGGACAUGGCGAGUACUGACUGUGUCAUGGAUCCUGCACUCUGCAUGAAAGGGCUUUCGAUUGGUAUGAAUCUGAAAUUCGACCAAUCAAUUAAGGACUAUAAGGAGCCUCGAUAUUUGAUUGACACUGGCGCUCAAAGCUCCCAGACCCGCGGUGUGUCCAUGUAUGUCAAAGAUGGGAAGAUAUAUUUCAAAUUGGCGAUUUCUCAGAAAGUUUGGGAGGUGUCAGCUCCGUUAGAAUUUGACAAAUGGUUCUACCUGACUAGCACAUGGAGCGAAGUUGACGGUUUGUCGUUAUAUCAAAAUGAAGUUCUUAAAGCAACAGACGCACAAGGCAAACAAGAGCCGGCGAGACCAACUAACGCUGCACAAACAAACUUCUGUGUUGGCGGGAGAGUACCCAAUGUGUUUGGAUCAGAUUUUGCCAAAUUUUCUAUGAAAUCUCUGGCUGUGUUUGAUGAGUGCAUCCCGGCACCUCACACAGGCAGUGUCGCUUCUUUCUACAAAGAUUAUGACGGUUCAGGAGCUCCAGCCAAAUUUUACAUCGUCCUGGAAGUAACAAACCUUUCGAAAAAGAAUUUAACGCUGUUUUCGUCAGAUCAUUAUCCGUCCCAGGGCUUCACUAUUAACGCCGGGGUGGUAGCGAAGAUUAAAAAAGCCGUAUCCAGGCCCUCGGCGGUAAUUUUCACUGCGCAAGAUGAUGGGAGUAAAGAAGCAUUAUACUUGAACGGUUUAAAGGAAAUUUCUGCGACGCCAACCAAGUCGCCUUUGCAAGAUGUGAAAGUGACCAUAACUGGAGAAGGACAGCCUUUUACGGAACCAGUAAUCAAUGCUGGUGGAGCUAUGGAAGAGUCCAGCGUUUCAGCACCUCCAGUUAACCCUUCUCACUCCUGGAUAAUCGCAUCAAUGAAUGAUAAACAAGUACCUGGCAACCCACCACUGUCGAUUGUGGGAGGGUUGGAAGCAGUACCGGGUGGGGCUCGUUUCGAUGGUAUUCAGAGCUGCUUGAGUGGACAGCUUCCCAGCACAGCAUGUGUCAUUGAUCCAGACAUGUGUGUUGAUGGCUUUGCUGUUGGCGCUAAGCUGAAAUUCAGUGACAUGUCGUUGACAUCAAACGCGCCACAGUACGUCGUUGAUACUGGUGCAAGCAACGGUAACAAGGGAGUUGGCAUGUUUCUGCAGCUGAAUGCGCUCUAUUUCAAGAUUGUUACAUCAAAUGCGGUUUAUCAGGCCUCCAUCCCCGUUUACGCAAACAAAUGGUUCUACAUCAUGGGCGCCUUCAGUAGGAAAUCUGGUCUUCAAGUCUACUCCGAUGGUGAGCUGGCGGAUGGAGAUUUAUUGGGCACCAGCGGAGAUCACGAGACUUCUGCAAAACCUCAAAACUUCUUUGUAGGCAGCAGUGUCAAUCAGGGCGCACAGGCCAAGUUUCAAUUGGGUUCAAUCUCUACUUUCAAAGGACAGCUGUCACCGAAAACGAUUUCUCACAUUUACAGUUACUUCUGGAGACAAGGAUCUGAAGGAGAAGGAGAGAAAUAUUUCAUGUCACUGAGAGUGACCAACAACAUUGGGCAAGACGCGCUAAUUUUCUCCAACGACAACCAAGCACCGAACGGCAUGCUAGUGAAAAAAGGUUCCACCUUGACGAUUGAGAAAACAAUGGUUUCCAAACGUCCCGUCUUCUUCACAGCCAUCGACGGCAAUACACUGGCGAGAUUUUUCCUUAACAACGUGGCACGGCUGAAAGUAAACCCUUUGCAUUCACAAGAAGACGUCAUGGAUGUCACUCUCUCACCGUCAGGAGUUAAUAACGACGAAGCUGCCAGAAUUAUUCCUUCUGCUGUUAUUCCAGCCAGUCCAGUCAGUCCGUUUCACUCCUGGUCUUUCAUCUUCAAAACUCACGAGAAAAUAGUAGGAUCACCGCCUCUCAAUUUAUUUGGCGACACACCCAUUCAAGGUAGUGGAAUGUCAUUUGACGGACUGGGUACCUACGCUACCACCUCCCUACCAAAAAGUGACUGCUUACAAGACCCGGGACGGUGUGUGAACGGCUUCUCUAUGGGUGCUAAGCUGAAGUUUGAUGAAGAAGAUAUGUCGUACUCUACACCCAAGUACAUUAUUGAUAGUGGAGCCCGCAGUCUAACCACACGUGGGGUGUCGGCGUACAUCGUAAAUGGCAAUCUUUUCUUUGAACUUGCCACAGCCAAAAAGGCUUGGAAGGUGCAAACUAAAAUUUCCCCCGAUGUGUGGUGUUACGCUAGUAUGACUUGGAAGAAUGAUGUUGGCCUCAAGCUGUACCUUGAUGGUUCUGAAGUGGUAUCUGAUUCUACCGGCAAAGACCUUGACCUUCAACUUAACACGAACAAACCAAAUUUGUGCUUUGGACGGGACGUACAAGGCCAAGGCCAUUUUGCUAAGUUUGCUAUUGGAACAUUCUCAUCAUUCAACACAUAUUUGUCGCCGCCAAUGAUGCGUAAUGUGUACACCUUCUACUUUAGGAGUGGCAUGUUUGAUGCAUCUGCUUCGAACACAAUUAAACUGCAAGUAAAAAAUACAUUUGACCAAGAUGUGCAACUCAUGUCAAGCGACAAAGAGCCAUCUCAAGGUGUUCAGAUUCUUAAAAAGUACACAAUGGAUGUUCGCAAAGAAGUGUCUCUUGGUCAACCGGUCACUUUCAGCGCUAAGGCCGGAGCUGUUAGUCUGUUGUUGAACAAUCAGGACCAAGUCACAGUCUCCCCGGAACUGACUCGUAAAGGCUCGUUCGUGUUGGUUAUCUCCAAGGAGAAGAUAAACGGUGAAGGGGGAGGAACUUCAGCCGUUGGUACGUAUUAUAUUUCAAUGAAGAUAAUGAACAAGUCAGGUAAAAAUGUGGUGAUCAUGCCAAGUGACAAUAAUCCCCCUCAAGGAUUCCCUGUCAAAAAAGGCUUCAUGGUGUCUUUUACUAAGCCAACCACCGGAAAUUCGGCCAUCACGUUCAAGGUCAUGGAUCAGACUUUAACCCAGCUGAUGAAGAUUAAUGGCAAGGAUAAGGUUGAACUUAUCCCAACUGAAGUUAAAAGUGCACCGAAGACAUUCGAGAUUCUGGCACCAGGGAUGUCGCAAGGAGGACAGCAGUAUUACUUAAGUGUUCGCUUUAAGAACAAGGCUGGACAAGACGUGAUAGUCAAACCAAGCGACAAUAACCCCGCCCAGGGAUGGAAAGUAAAAAAGAACUUCAUGAUGGAUAUCACGAAAGGUACCGUGUCUGCUCAGCCUGUGACACUAGUGGCUACAUCAGCUGACGGCAAAACACCGCUGGCCAUAAACGGUCAUAUGGAGGAGGCUCUAACGCCGCAGCUUACGAAGGAUAAGAAGACAGAGUUAGUUCUUGGAACCCAGGUUACGGGAAAGAAGAAAUCAGGAGUGCCCGUAGCCAGACAGCACAUCGCUGAAAAACCGUCGCUUUACUAUGUGACAUUGAAAGUCAAGAACCGUGCAGGCAAAAAGUCCAUCAUAGCACCAAGCUAUAAGGGUCUGAAUGAGGGUUUCCACAUUAACAGUGACUCCAUUAUGAAGAUCACGCGCGAGUUCCAGAGCGCAGAGCCCUUACUCUUAAAAGCCUUUGAUCCUGAUUCUCGUUUACCAAUGAUGAUUAACAAUCGUAAGAGCAUUAUCGUGAAACCCGCCAAGAUUAAAGAAAAAGUUACUGAUAUCGUCAUAUCUCCUCUGAAAGGAGGACCCAUGGGCCCUGAAGAGCGAUACAUUACACUGCUCCUCCAUAAUAAGGUUGGUCGUGAAAUUAGGGUGACACCGUCGAGAGGCCGAAAAGGAGGGUAUGUUGUCGCCAAGAAUGGAUACCUCAAGGUGUCUAUGAUUUUUCCCAAGAGCGGAGUUCUCUCUGAACCCGUCACAUUUGAAGCAAAGGAUCUGGAAACUCUGAGUGACCUAGAAAUUGAUGGUGAUGUGAAAACGGUUUCAAUUGCACCUGGAGAGUUCCCGGAUGAGGUGAUUAAUAUGACCAUCACCGCACCAGCGCCUAAAAUCAAGCCAGUCCAUUCCUGGUCGACGUUGUCAUUUGAAGACAGCCAUAUUCCGGUGGGACACACUCCUCCGGCUGACAAACUCUCUAGCAGCAGCAUUAUCUUUCAUGCGCUUCAUUCAACGUCCCAGGACAUUCCUGGCAACCCCGACUUGAGGACACAUGGAGACAUGAAACUGGUCGACGGGGGUUUGUCGUUUGACGGACAGGACUCACAUGCUGUAGCACAGGUCCCUGCCGAUGAUUGUGUGGUCAACACAGAGAAGUGCGCAGAUGGGCUUACAUUUAGUACAAAACUUAGGUUUGAGAAGGAAGACAGGGAUGAGGAGCUGCGAUACAUUGUGGACACCGGUGCUCACAACCGGCGCAUGCGUGGCUUUUCCAUGUUUACUCGAGGACCCAGAUUGUUUGCUUUGGUGAGGAAUGCUGAUAGAGAAUGGAUGGUCGAAAGCCCGAAACUUAUGCAUAAAUGGGUGUACGUUAUGGUUACUUGGAGUAAGGAAGACGGAAUGAAAAUGUAUUACAACGCAGACCUCCGCGUUCACAAUGUCACAGGGAAACCAGUGCCCCUGACCUCAGUCACUUCAUACAAGGACAACUUUGUGAUUGGACGAGAGGUUGGAAAUAACGGUCCUUUCCACCCUUCAGCAUUUGAUAUGGCUUCUUUCACAACAUUUGCUGGACGUUUAGCGCAAGAUGAUGUCAACGCUGCUUACAUAUUCUUUUGGAGUGGGUUAUCUGCUAAAAUAUAUUAUGCUUCUUUGUGCGUCACAAAUGAAGUUGGCCGACCUGUUCUUCUGAAGCCAGACAAGGGUAACCCCCAAGGGUUUGAAAUUGCGCCGGACUCCACCCUGGAGGUGACGCUAAUGUCCAUGUCAACAGACGGUGCCCCUAUCAAGCCUGUGUACUUCAUCGCUGAAGACAAACAGACCAACACCCAUCUGAGAAUCAAUGAUUUUGAUAAAGCAUUUCCUGUAACUCCCAGAGAUGGAAGGAAGCCUUGUAAAACGCUGCUUGUAACUGUGGCACCACCAAAAUUGCGCUACAAGAAGAUGUGGCCGCUACACAAAGUAGAGAAUGGUCGACUUGUCGGAGACGAUCCCGUGCCCGAGGCCCACGGAGCUAUAGUUCCCCUGGAGGGGGGGCUGCUGUUGAAUGGCAAUGAUUCCUGGCUGGAUAUGGGCGACUUUGAAGGUGAAUGCCUGAGCAAUCCAGACAAGUGUACCGCUGGUCUGACGUUCGGUGUAAGAAUUAAGCUUGACGACGCAGCCAAAAGUUACAAGGACGAGCCUCACUACAUUGUAGACAGCGGUGGCUCCAACAAGGAGUCACGGGGUUUCACGCUUUUCGUGAAGGACGGCAAACUGUACGCAGUGGUGUCUGUCCCGGAUGAAGUAUGGCGGGUUGAGUCAGACUUUGCCCUCAAUGCAUGGCAGUAUAUUAUGGUGACGUGGGCACGUGAAAACGGCCUUGCAUUGUAUAUCAACGGUACAGAGGUCACCCGAGCGAGAGGCUAUAUGCCCCAAGAGGGGGAACAUGAUAAAGAUUCAUACACCAGGCUUAUCGUGGGGCGCAAUGCGGCAGGAACACCAUACGGUUACACAAGGAUGGUCGCCUCAUCGCUGGCGUUCUUCGAUGCCGAGGUCCCAGCUGAAAGUGCCAAAGAUAUGUUCCUAUACUUCUCAAGCAAUGUCGAAUCGUCGUCUUCAAAUCGUUUCGUCAAAGUUCGUUUUGACAAUAAAGCUGGUACUCAAGUGAAAGUCAUACCAAGCAAAGGACAGAAUAAAAACGAAGGAUACACCGUGCAACCUCACAUGACGUUGGAUUUAAAUUUUGAAGAGAAGGGCCAACAGAAUGAUAUUCCUAUCCAGUUUAGAGUCGAAAAUCCGUGGGCGCCUGGGGACAAGUUACUGGUGAAUGGACAGCAAGGUCUGGUGACAGUGGUGCCCAGUCCUAAUAAGGAUGACAUCAAGCUCGUCACAAUAACUGCAGCUUUCCGUUGUCUUCAGCCUGAGGGACUGUUUAAAGACCCAACCGACAUUACUCACUACAUCCAUUGUCAUAAAGGCGAGCCUCACACCAUGACGUGUCCGGACGAGAUGACCUGGGACGAUGCGCGAAAGUCGUGCUUUGGUAAAGGUCGCGAGUCGACUCUGAACGGGUCUAUAUAUUACUUUUACAUUAAAUUCACGAACAACGCUGGAAAGGAUGCCGAGAUUUUUAUUCCCGGAACGAAGAAGACUAAUGCCAUUCCCUCCGGAAAAUCUCUUUACCUUAAGUUCUCCAAGUACAAAAUGGAGUCUGCUGACUUUGUCGCCCUCUCCCAACCGUUUAAGGAACCACUUCGAUUAAACGACUUACCGAUGAUGAGCAUAAAACCCGAUUUAGACGCCGAUAAAGUCGUUCCCGUCACCAUUACAAAUCCUCCGUAUUACUACACAGUCUCAGUCAAGACUGGAAAUAAAUACAAGGGAGGUACCGAUGGGAAAAUAUUUCUCCGACUUGGCGGCGACAGAGGUUCUACUGACAAGAUUCAGUUGACUUCCAAUGUACCCACGGGAGUAAGGCACUUCAGGACAGGACAGCUUGACACGUUCCGAGUUGCAGCUUCCGAUAUCGGAUUAAUUACAAAAGUGUUUGUGGAGAUGUACAAUACUGGACAAUCGAAGAAGUGGUACCUAGAAAAGAUUUCUGUCAAGGAUAUGAAAGGUAGAAGGUUUGAUUUCCCUGUCAAUGACUGGAUGGAUGCUAAAGAAGGUGUCUUUGCGCAAUCAGAAUUGACCCUCUCCUCCAAUGGUUUCCACGACGAGCCCUUGAAACCAGCUGUUAAGCCACAACCCCUGGGUUUGAAUGACUGCACCGAGCCUUGCCAACAUGGUGGAACUUGUGUAGAGGGACAAUGCAUUUGUCCCUUGAAUUAUGAAGGAGAACACUGUGAGGACGCUGUUUGCUCUGUGACCUGUUUCAAUGGAGGUCAAUGUACAGAUCCCAGCUCCAACAACUGCUCUUGUCCGCAAGGUUACACAGGCUCUCUGUGUCAAUCACCUGUCUGCAACGGCUACUGUUUCAACAACGGCGAAUGCACUGAGCCAGAGAGCUGUACUUGCCCGCCAGGGUACAAUGGUAAAAGAUGUGAAAUAUCUGCAUGCAAGCCAGAUUGUUUGAACGGUGGAACUUGUAACGCCGAUGGAACCUGUGAAUGUGCACCUGGCUACUCAGGUCCAUCUUGUAGAAUCGGGAAUCUUUGUGGACUACCACCAAAUAACGGGCCGUGUUUAUCUGAGAUAAAAGAUGCUCUUUCUUCACCCAAGAAAAACACCCUGACUCAAGCUUGUGUUAAUUAUUUAUCGGACAUACAGAGCAGUUGUUCGCUGGGAAAAGGCUCGUCGAGCUUUGCAGAAUGCGAAAAUAUUUGUGGAGAAGGUGCAGUCAUUUGCACGAGUGUCUGGAGAAGUAAUAAAUGUAGCACGGAAGAACUGAAAUACUAUUUUGACCCCUCUACCAACAUGUGCCAGGCGUUCAAAUACUACAGCUGCGUGGGUAAUGAUAAUAAGUUCGGCAGCUUAAAAGAAUGUCAGGACAGCUGCGCUUCAAGUACAAAACAAAGACGUGAGUUAUCCAACAGAACUCGAACGUCAAGAUCGAAUGGUCAUUUUAGGACGAUAGUAGAAAGACUACACGACAUAGCCAGUCAGUCAGCGAGAUGAAAAUAAAAAAUCACAGCAUGUAAUUAAAAAGAAAAACAUUGAGAUGAACGUCCAGAAUGAACAGAUCGAAAAAUAUUUUGAACAAGCCAUCGAGACCUUUCUGUAAAGGUCUGUUGCUACAGUUGUGAUAUUUCAGUUGAGUGAAGACCGUGAUGCAAACGUAGUUCCUCGUUUUUUGUCGGUCUGACUGACAUUCUCCGUUCUAAGUUACUUCCUUCCUGGUCUCACGUAGAGAAAAGCGAUGAGUUCUUCCUUGAUAUUUAUUUCACCCAUCGUACGAGGCUACAUGAAUACCGAAGCUACGCAGGAACUAUAUAAGGACGGACUUGUUGGUAUUUAUAGACUAAGGGAGUAUAGCACAAUAAUGAAAAACCAUACAGAAUAUUUCCUUUAAUAUGUAGGGCUUCGGUAAUUUUACUCAAUUUACUUUGAAGCGUUUUGAUUUUAGAAAAAAAGUGUGCAAUUUCCAUUUGAAAGCAUUUCCAAGUUGUGUCAAAAUCGAUUAAUUUUGUACUUUAACCAUAAUUGUUUGCUAAUGUGGACAACGUCCAAAUUGUCUGACUUCUUUUUUUAUGUCGCACGUACAACACCGUUGUAUUUAAAAUCAAUGAUGUCGGCGAGUUUAUCAAAUUCCUUAUUCUUUUACCUUGGCUCUUUAAUUUUUCAGGAACUAAUAAAAAGAAAGUUCGAAUAAAGUCUCUCUUCUUUACUCCCAAGGAAGGUUUUUAAUUAUUUGGAGUAGAAAAAUUGCUUAUUCAUGAUGUCAUCUAAAUCUUAUGACUUUGUUGGACUCAUGUACUCUGUGUCAUUGAUGGUUUUGUAUAGAUCACUGAAUAGAAAAAAACUAAAUCAAUAAAACGCCUGACAGAUUCCGCAGUGUGAA